GAUAAUCGAACACUGUAUAAAGAAAAGAAUCCAAUGGAACACCUGUUUUGCUCGCAAAGUAAUCAAAGAAGGUGAAUAUUAUGAAGAGAUGAUGCGUUAUUUGAGAAAGAAUUUAGCGCUGUUUCCUUAUCACCUUGCGGAGUAUGUUUGCCGUGUAAUGAGGGUAUCACCUUUCAGAUAUUACUGCGAUAUGAUUUUUGAAGUCAUGAAAAAUGAGCAACCUUAUGACAGCAUCCCGAAUUUUAGUGCUGCAGAUGCUUUGCGACUUACAGGAAUAGGAAGAAAUGAAUUUAUUGAUAUCAUGAACAAGUGUAGAUCUAAGAAAAUUAUGUGGAAGCUGAACAAGUCAAUCGCGAAAGAGUUAUUACCUAUACAGCCUGUGGACUUUGGGAUUGAGCCAUGGUGGGGAGUUUGUCUUGUCAACUUUACAUUGGAAGAAUUUAAGAAACUCUCAGAAGAAGAAAUGGCAACAAUUGAUAAAGUUUGUAAGGAGGAAACAAAUUCAUUCAUACUUUUUGAUCCUGAAAUUGUAAAGGGCCUUUUCCGAAGGGGGUUGAUCUACUUUGAUGUCCCUGUUUAUCCUGAUGAUCGUUUUAAAGUUUCCAGGCUUGAAGGGUUUGUUUCCAACAGGGAGCAGUCAUAUGAAGAUCCUAUUGAGGAGUUACUGUAUGCUGUUUUUGUGGUUUCAAGCGAAAAUUCAACUGUGGCUGAAUUGGCUGCCACCUUACAGGCUGACCUUUCUCAGCUGCAGGCUGCUGCAUCAUUUGCUUGUCGAUUAGGUUGGGCAGUAAAAUUAAUUGAUCCAGCAUCUGUUCUUUAUGAUUCAACCACACCGGGUACUCUCAACAUUAAUCUCAGUGAUGAUGAAGAUGGUUCUCAUGCUAGUGUUAGCUCAUUGAACACGUCAAUUGAGGGCAGUACUGUUCAACAAGGAGAUACUUCAGGCGCAGAAACCUGUGGCCCUGGCUCAACCUCUGGUUAUGCUCGUGUUGCUUUUGUUGUUGAUGCAAAUAUAACGUCAUAUCUUAUGAUGGGGUCUGUUUCACCAGGCUUGAAAUCUCAUGCUGUAACAUUAUAUGAAGCAGGAAAACUAGGCCAUACUAGCAUUGCAGAUCUUUGCAAGGAUUUGAGUACAUUAGAGGGAACAAAAUUUGAGGGAGAACUGCAGGAGUUUGCCAAUCAUGCAUUUAGUCUCCGAUGUGUUCUAGAAUGUUUGAUAUCUGGUGGAGUUGCUAUUGAUGAGAGAACUGUAGAAGUUUGUGAAAAGAUGAGCACGAUAUCUACGGGCAAUGAGGAGGCUACUUCUUCAAUAGCUGAGAUCACUUUGACUGACAAAGCAGAACGUUCUGAUACAGAUGAAGCUAUUCUAAAUAAUGAUGAUUCCAUGCAUUCAAGAAAUGCAGAGGAUUCCUUUCUUGCCGAUCCUCCUAUAUCUGGAAGUACUGAUAAUGAGACAGUUUCUGCCACUUUGUCUGAAGAGGGUCAUUGCCUAAAUGAGGAUUUGAAAUCAGAUCCUAGUUUCCAGAAUGAUGAGAAAUUAAUUUCAGCUGAAGUUUCAGAUGGUGAGAAAGGUCCUUCAAGGAGAAAAAGGAAAUACCGUGUAGAUAUCCUACGCUGUGAAAGCCUGGCCGCUCUUGCACCAUCAACUUUGGAUAGGUUGUUUCUUCGUGACUAUGAUAUUGUUGUAUCUAUGGUUCCUCUUCCUCAUUCUUCAGUUCUACCUGGACCUAAAGGUCCCAUUCAUUUUGGUCCUCCCUGUCAUUCAUCUAUGUCACCUUGGAUGAAAUUGGUACUAUAUUCAGCUAUAUCUAGUGGACCUCUAUCUGUUGUUUUGAUGAAAGGCCAAUGCUUACGUUUGCUUCCUGCACCACUGGCUGGUUGCGAAAAAGCUCUUAUAUGGUCUUGGGAUGGAUCUACAAUUGGAGGUUUGGGAGGCAAGUUUGAAGGAAAUUUAGUUAAAGGAAGUAUACUCCUACAUUGCUUAAAUUCACUUCUCAAAUACUCAGCUGUGCUGGUGCAGCCCCUCAGUAGGUAUGACCUUGAUGAGCAUGGAAGAAUAAUUACUAUCGAUGUUCCUUUGCCCUUGAAAAACUCUGAUGGUUCAAUUGCUCAUAUCGGGGAGGAAUUGGGUCUAUGCGCAGAGGAAAGUUUGAAGUUGAACUAUAUUUUAACUUAUCUGGCAAAUAAGAUAGAGCUGUGGACCAUUGGUUAUGUGCGCCUAUUAAAACUUUUCAAGGAAAGAGAGUCGGAUCAAUUUUCACCUGAUGAAGAGAAGUAUGAAUGGGUUCCAUUGAGUGUGGAUUUUGGGAUUCCGCUGUUCAGCCCAAAAUUAUGCAAUGAUAUAUGUAAAAGAGUGGUUUCUUCACAAUUGCUUCAAACAAAUUUUCAAAAUGAACAUCAUAAUGGAAUGCAAGACCUAAGGAACAGGUUGCGUGAUAUUUGUGCCGAAUAUCAAGCAACAGGUCCAACUGCAAGACUUCUUUACCAAAGAGAGCAAUCAAAGGAUUCAUCUCGACAACUUAUGAACUAUGCAAGUGGAAGGUGGAAUCCACUUGUGGACCCUUCUUCUCCCAUUUCUGGAGCCUCGAGUGAGCAUCAAAGAUUAAAGCUUGCCAAUCGACAACGUUGCCGCACGGAAGUUCUGAGCUUUGAUGGUAACAUUUUGAGAUCAUAUGCUCUUACUCCUGUGUAUGAGGCUGCCACAAGGCCCAUUGAAGAAUCCCCUCCUGUCAAUUCUGGAAAAGUUGAGCCAGAUGAUUCUGAUGGCAAAGAGGUAGUCCUUCCUGGCGUCAAUCUUCUUUUUGAUGGAUCUGAGUUGCGGCCAUUCGACAUAGGUGCUUGUCUACAGGCUUGCCAACCAGUCUCUUUAAUAGCAGAGGCUUCCACAGCCUCUUCUGCAUCUUCAGCAAUUAAAUAGGGCUUUGAGCUACAAUCUUGCAAGGGUAGUGUGAAUUUCUCCCAAUUCCUACAGGUGGCGAUUACCGUGUACUUUAUGUAGUUAUUCAGUGCUGCUGGAUUGUUGAUUCUGUUUCAUCUUUGAGACCGGUGAUUGUGCACAAGCCAAGGCUGAUGUUUAAGGUGGCGCUUUGUGUUUGUCAGGCUGUGUAAGACCAAAAGAAAAGGAAAAAAAAAAAAAGGGAAGAAGAAUUCAAAUCAAGGUUUGUUGACAUAGCCUUGGUGAUUCAUUGCUAACCAAGACGUGCAAUAUUCAAAUACAAGAUUUGCACAUAAACGUACGAUGAAAAUGAAUCACAUUCAUUUGAAAUAACUGACCCCUUUUCUCUCUUUUUUUUUUUUUUUUUUUUUUUUUUUUUUUUUUUUCACAUAGUAUAGUGAGAUAAAGGAGGAAUUUAUGUUCAAACUUGGUAUUCUAUUAGGUACUUAAUUUUAUUUUAUGUUUGUAGUAA